AUGUCUACCUCCAGUUCCGAGACAGAAGCACCAGCAGAUUCGCCUCGACAAGACAGCGGGGACCUGCAUCUUGCAGAGGACGGUGAAAUCAGCGAUCAUGACACCGCGUCCCCCAGGUCCACACGUCAAGACCCCAAGGAGACAGAUGUAGUCAAUCCUCCCCUCCCUACCGAGGAACCUCCACCAUUGCCCAAUGAGGCGCCUCCAGCAGAGCCAGUUGAUGACGGAUGGGAUCCAAUAUGGGACGACCGAGCUCAGGCAUUCUAUUUCUUCAACCGGUUUACGAACAUUUCACAGUGGGAAAACCCAAGAAUACCCGAUACACCGCAGGCAGGACCACCAGGAGUAGGAAACCACGACAGAUUAGCAAGCCCGCGCGAGGCCGUUGCUGCUAGGCGAGUUGGUGGCUACGAUCCCGCCAUCCAUGGCGACUAUGAUCCCAAUGCCGAUUACGCCAAAACAUACGAAACGCAAGACGACCUUGGCGCAGGCAGCGCCGUACCUGGAGCAGAUCCCACCGAUGUCUACGCUGCCACCGGGACCUUCAACCGGUUCACAGGUAAAUGGCAAAGUGCCGACCUCAACCCAGAGAAAUUCAGCGACGAGCAGAAGAGCCGACGGCAGAUGAACGCGUUCUUUGAUGUGGAUGCGGCUGCGAACUGCCAUAAUGGACGAAGUCUCCGGGCAGAACGCGCCAGCAAGAAGCUCAGCAAAGCAGAGUUAAAAGCAUUCAAGGAGAAGCGAAGGGAGAAGAAGGAAGAAAAACGCCGCGCGUGGUUGCGGGAUUGA